GGAGAACAGCCAGGCAUGGGACUCCCGGCCAUCCUUCACCUGCUCUUGCCCGUGAUGACCCUGACAGGUCUGAGCUCCCCCUUUAACCUGGAUGCGCACCACCCACGCCUGUUCCCAGGGCCACCCGAGGCUGAAUUCGGAUACAGUGUCUUGCAACACGUCGGGAGUGGACGUCGCUGGAUGCUGGUGGGUGCCCCCUGGGAUGGGCCUUCAGGUGACAGAAGGGGGGACGUUUAUCGCUGCCCUGUAGGGGGCUCCCACAGUGCCCCGUGUGCCAAGGGCCACUUGGGCGACUACCCACUGGGAAAUUCCUCUCGCCCUGCCAUGAACAUGCACCUGGGAAUGACUCUGCUGGAGACAGACAGUGAUGGGGGAUUCAUGGCUUGCGCCCCGCUCUGGUCUCGUGCCUGUGGCUCCUCUGUCUUCAGUUCGGGGAUAUGUGCCCGCGUAGAUGCUUCAUUCCGGCCGCAGGGAAGCCUGGCACCCACCGCACAACGCUGCCCCACGUACAUGGAUGUGGUCAUCGUCUUGGAUGGCUCUAACAGUAUCUACCCCUGGUCGGAAGUUCAGACUUUCCUCCGAAGACUGGUAGGGAGACUGUUUAUUGACCCAGAGCAGAUCCAGGUGGGGCUCGUGCAGUAUGGGGAGAGCCCUGUGCACGAGUGGUCCCUGGGAGACUUCCGAACCAAGGAAGAAGUGGUGAGGGCGGCCAGGAACCUGAGUCGGCGAGAGGGACGAGAAACGAAGACCGCCCAAGCCAUCCUGGUGGCCUGCACAGAAGGAUUCAGCCCGUCCCGUGGGGGCCGGCCCGAGGCUGCCAGGCUGCUGGUGGUUGUCACCGAUGGAGAGUCCCAUGACGGGGAGGAACUUCCUGCCGCACUGAAGGCCUGUGAGGCUGGCAGAGUGACCCGCUAUGGGAUUGCGGUCCUUGGCCACUACCUCCGGAGACAGCGAGACCCCAGCUCGUUCCUGCGGGAAAUCAGAACUAUCGCCAGUGAUCCGGACGAGAGAUUCUUCUUCAACGUCACAGACGAAGCUGCGCUGACAGACAUCGUGGACGCACUCGGAGACCGGAUUUUUGGCCUUGAGGGGUCCCAUGGAGAAAAUGAAAGCUCUUUUGGGCUGGAAAUGUCUCAGAUUGGUUUCUCUACCCAUCGGCUGAAGGAUGGGAUUCUCUUUGGAAUGGUGGGGGCCUAUGACUGGGGGGGCUCUGUGCUGUGGCUUGAAGGAGGUCACCGCCUCUUCCCCCCGCGGACAGCCCUGGAGGAUGAGUUCCCCCCUGCCCUGCAGAACCAUGCAGCCUACCUAGGUUACUCCGUUUCCUCCAUGCUUUUGCGGGGUGGACGCCGCCUCUUUCUCUCGGGGGCUCCUCGGUUUAGACAUAGAGGAAAAGUCAUUGCCUUCCAGCUUAAGAGAGACGGGGCUGUGAGGGUUGCCCAGAGCCUCCAUGGGGAGCAGAUCGGCUCCUACUUCGGCGGUGAGCUCUGUCCGCUGGAUACGGAUGGGGAUGGGACCACCGAUGUCUUGCUCGUGGCCGCCCCCAUGUUCCUGGGCCCCCAGAACAAGGAGACGGGCCGUGUUUACGUGUAUGUGGUGAGCCAGCAGUCCUUGCUCACUCUCCAGGGAACGCUGCAGCCGGAACCCCCCCAGGACGCUCGGCUGGGCUUUGCCAUGGGCGCCCUUCCCGAUCUGAACCAAGAUGGUUUUGCUGACGUGGCCGUGGGGGCACCCCUGGAGGAUGGGCACCACGGGGCGCUGUACCUAUAUCAUGGCACCCGGAGUGGAAUCAGGCCCCGCCCCGCUCAGAGGAUUGCUGCCAUCUCCAUGCCACAGGCCCUCAGCUACUUUGGCCGGAGUGUGGAUGGCCGGCUGGAUCUGGACGGAGAUGACCUGGUCGAUGUGGCCGUGGGCGCCCAGGGGGCAGCCGUUUUGCUCAGCUCCCGGCCCAUCGUCCACCUGGCCCCUUCCCUGGAGGUGACCCCCCCGGCCAUCAGCGUGGUUCAGAGGGACUGCAGCCGGCGAGGCCAGGAGGCCGCUUGCCUGUCUGCCGCCCUUUGCUUCCGAGUGACGUCUCGCACCCCUGGCCGCUGGGAUCGCCGGUUCUACGUGCGGUUCACGGCAUCGCUGGACGAGUGGACCGCGGGGGCACGUGCUGCGUUUGACGGCUCGGGCCAGAGGCUGGCCCCUCGGAAGCUCGGGCUGGGCGUCGGCAAUGUCACAUGCGAGCAGUUGCGGUUCCACGUGCUGGAUACCUCAGAUUACCUCCGGCCACUGGCCUUGACAGUGACCUUCACGUUGGACAACUCCACGAAGCCAGGGCCUGUGCUGGAUGAGGGCUCGCCCACCUCUAUACGAAAGCUGGUCCCCUUCUCUAAGGACUGUGGCCCUGACAAUGAAUGUGUCACAGACCUGGUGCUUCGUGCUCAUAUGGACAUCAGAGGCUCCAGGAAGGAGCCUUUCGUGGUUCGGGGAGGCCGGCAGAAAGUGCUGGUAUCGGCAACUCUGGAGAACAGGAAGGAAAAUGCCUACAACACUAGCCUCAGUCUGAGCUUCUCUAGAAACCUCCACCUGGCCAGUUUCACACCUCAGGGGGACAGCCCAGUCAAGGUGGAAUGCACAGCCCCUUCCCCUCAUGCCCGGCUCUGCAGUGUGGGCCACCCGGUCCUUCAGACCGGAGCCAAGGUGACCUUUCUGCUGGAGUUCGAGUUUAGCUGCUCUUCCCUUCUGAACCAGGUCCUUGUGAGGCUGAUUGCCACCAGCAAUAGCCUGGAGAGAAAUGGGACGCUUCAGGAUAACACAGCCCAGACCUCAGCCUACAUUCAGUAUGAGCCCCACGUCCUGUUCUCCAGUGAGUCCACCCUGCACCGCUAUGAGGUUCACCCAUACGGGACCCUCCCAGUGGGUCCUGAAUUCAAAACCACCCUCAGGGUUCAGAACCUUGGCUGCUAUGUGGUCAGUGGCCUCAUCAUCUCAGCCCUCCUUCCAGCUGUGGCCCAUGGGGGCAAUUACUUCCUGUCAUUGUCUCAAGUCAUCACUAACAACGCAAGCUGCACGGUACAGAACCUGACUGAGCCGCCAGGGUCCCCUGUGCACCCAGAGGACUUUCAGCACAUAAACAGACUGAACGGGAGCAACACUCGGUGUCAGGUGGUGAGGUGCCAUCUUGGGCGGCUGGCCAAGGGGACGGAGGUCUCUGUUGAACUGCUGAGGCUGGUCCACAACGAAUUUUUCCGGAGGGCCAAAUUCAAGUCCCUGACGGUGGUCAGCACGUUCGAGCUGGGAGCUAAGGAGGGCAGCGUCCUGCAGCUGCCUGAAGCCUCUCGUUGGAGUGAGAGCCUGCUGGAGGUGAUUCAGACGCGCCCUGUCCUCAUCUCCCUGUGGAUCCUCAUUGGCAGCGUCCUGGGGGGGCUGCUCUUGCUUGCUCUCCUCGUCUUCUGCCUUUGGAAGCUUGGCUUCUUUGCCCGGAAGAAAAUCCCUGAGGAAGAAAACAGAGAAGAGAAACUGGAGCAAUGACUGUGGAAUAAAGCCCUGGAAAGUCCUCCUUGGCAGUUUCUCCAAAAGACUUGCAUAAGACCUGAGGUUCGCGGACCCCGAUGGACAAGAAGAAGCCUCUAGACUGUCUUCCCCAGACCUGCAGCCUGACUUGACUUUUGAGUCAUGAGGAUGCUGCUGGCGAGAGAUGAGGCCUUACCUCAGACCAGAAGGGCCGGCCCGAACCCCAGAACCCCACCCCGCUUCCCUUCUCGCCGGCCGGUUCCAGGGCCAACACCUUGGUUUGGGGCCCCAUUUUCCUUAGCCCUAGGAAUCAAGAAUUUCUUGCCCAGGGCUCCUGACUCCUUUCAGGUUCCCCCUACCCCCUGCCGCAGGUUUGGAAAAGAUGGGGUCCACUAUCCUCCCUUCGCCUGCCCCUCACCUUCCCGCCCGCCCCCCCACUCCGCAGGAGGGAGCUGACGUUGGCUUCAGAAAGUAAAGUCAACAUCUGCUGCUUUCCUGCGGAGUCUGGUGAUUCAGAGAGCCGGAUGGGGAGAGUCAACAGGAAAAAAGGAGGGAGGAGGAAAAGCCACAAGAGACAUUCUGUACAAUUCCAAGGAACAGAGAAGCCUUUAGACGGGGCGACUGCCCUCCGCUGAAACCCGAGACCUCGUGGUGCGCUAGCCCGCCCUCAGGUGCCCGGGAAGCGGAGCUGCCCCGGGGCCUGCUGGGCAAGGGUUCCCAGCUCGCAGCCUUCGCGGGGAGCGAAGCCAGGGCCAGGCGCCUGACUCUCUGGAGCCAGGGCGCCCCCAGGUGGCCGGUGCUGGAAUAGCAAAGCGGAGUCCCGUGGUCUCGGUCAUGGCCCGUGGAGAGAGCUGGACACCCUAGGCCGUGUUUUCUCCUCUCUCGUGCCUCACAUACUCUUGAGCCCUCGUUGGGGCCUCCUUCUUUCUAGAAACUAGGGAGAAGGGAGAGGAUUUCUUUUUGACUGGGGGGCGGGGGUGGGAAUCCCUUUCACCAGCUUUGGGAUGCAGCCACACCGUGGGGUCUGAAGGAGUCAGGUCUGCAGUGACGAAAAAGCCCGAGUGGGUGGCAGGAGGCGGCUGGGGAGCAAGCCCUUGCUCGCUCAGUGCUGGCCGUGCGGCCCAAACGGCUCCGAGGAAGAUGCGUCCGGGGCAACUGCAGUCAUUCCUGUAGGGCCUCCCUGGCGGGAUCCGUUUGCCAGCCCGUGCCUGCUAGGUACUGCAAACUCCCAAUUCCCGUCUCUGAGCCGCCCCACCGUUUUCUUGUGGUCACGGCCAGUCGAGAGAAUUAGAUUCUCACCAACUACUGGGUGACUUGUAUUUCUUUGUAAUCAAGGCUUUGGAUACCAGAGUCUGUUAUUGGUCUCCAGGGUGCAGCUCUGACAGCCAUUGGAAGAAUCAGCACCCAUUUAGAGCUGGGAGGAGCGGAGACCUGACUGGGCAGUUGACCAGCAGCCGCAGAGCUUGUGUUCCAGGGCUGUUCUCGAGGCCUGGCCCCUGUGUUUAGUUUGGCAUGUUCCCUGCCUUUAGCCCAGGGCACUGUCCCUGCUUCCCAGCAGGGUGGGCGGUAUAUCAG